AUGCACACGGCUAGGAUGAUAACAAUGCUGAACAGAAUCGAUCUGGGUCUGAAUAAACAGCUACGUUUUGCACCUGAUGUGGAUCAUUCGUUUCGGAGAACUGUGUACGCUAAUGUACCCACCAUUCAGAUUGAUUUCGCUCCAGAGCAAGAAUCACAAUUCUGUCAGGUUAUGACAAAACAUGAGGAUUAUUACGUUGGCAACGAUUGGGCCUACGAGGGUAAUCUGACGCAGUCCAUGCAUCCAUUGUCUAGAUGGCCAAGUGCUUCCAACCGGUAUGUGUUUGUAAAAGUAUUGUAUUGA